AUGAGUUUCUUUAGAUCAGAGACAAUGGCAUACUAUUAGAUAAUAGUGCCAAAGGAGAGUGCCUGGGAAGUGUUUAAUGAGAUGGGAAAAUUGAGUAUGGUCUAAGUUGUGGAUAUGUCUCCAGAUGAGCCUCAAGUGAAUAGGCCUUUUUAUCAGUACAUAAGAAGGGCUGAUGAAGUGAUCAGUAAAUUGAACGUAUUGGAAGUUGAAAUGCUGAAGUACAAAAUAAAGAAUCUGAAAUGCUCUGAUUAUUAAUAAUUCUUAGAAAGAAUGACCUUGUACACAAAGGAAAUAAACUAAAGUGAAGAUAAAUGGUUUGAUCUGAUUGAGAGCACUUUGGAUGAAAAAUAUUCUCAAUUGAUAGAACAGAUUCAAAAUUUAGAGCAAAUCUCUGUUCGCAAAAACACCUUAUUUGAACACAAGGCUGUCUUGAUAAAAUCAAAGGAAGUGUUAGGUCCAACAUAUUACACAAAGGGAAGGAAUGUGGCUAUAAACCCAUAGAUUGGUGGAGUACCAGAGCAACAGAAGGUAGCACAACCACUUUACAAUCUGAAUUAUUUGGUGGGAGUAGUUGACAGAGUAGAAGCUAAUCGUUUUAAAAGAAUGGUGUUCAGAGCAUCAAAAGGAAAUGCCUGGAUUGUGUUAUCAGACAUAGAAUAUUCGCGAAUUGAUUCUUCAUUAGAGACAGGCAACUUGGAUUCCGACAAGUCAGCUGCAAAGAAUUUGGAAAAGUAAAGAACAGUCUUUUUGAUUGUAUACACAGGAGGAGGAGGAGGACAAGACUUUUUGAGAGCCAAACUCAAUAAAAUAUGUGAUUCAUUCAAUUGUGCCAAAUUUGUUCUUCCAGAUGAUCCUUAACUCCUAGUCUAAAAAACAUUAGAGUUGGAUCGCUCUUUAGAUGAAUGCGAUAAUUUAUUGAGAUUGACAUCUGGUAAAAUAAAGGAACUAUUAUUGGAAUAUGCUUAAAUAUAGCCAUAACUGAAAAUAUCACUGUUGGAAAUGAGUAAAUUAUUGAUGGUCAAAGAGAAAACACUAUAUACAAAUUUAAACUAUCUUUAUCAAAAGGAAAGAAUUUACAUUGGGUUCUUUUGGGCACCCAAACAUGUGGAAGGGGAAUUGCAUCAUAUGCUACACCAAUUGAGCGUUUCCCAAAGUAAUACUUCAGUCGGAUAAAUUAUUGAGUUGGAACCACCUGAGAAAGUGCUUACACCCACUUACUUUAAGAUAAAUGAAUUCAAUAAUGUAUUCUAAGAAAUUGUUAACACUUAUGGAAUCCCCAGAUAUAAGGAAGUGAACCCUGGAAUGUUUGCUGUUAUGUUUUUCCCUUUCAUGUUUGGUAUUAUGUUUGGAGAUAUUGGUCAUGGAGGAGUUCUGUUUAUUUUAGCAUUCCUUUUAGUCAAAAAUGCUGACACUUUAAAAAAACUACCCGAUUAUGCUGCUUUAGUUUAGGUUAGAUAUUUAUUCCUACUGAUGGGUUUGUGUGCACUCUAUUGUGGUAUUAUCUAUAAUGAUUUCAUGUCUUUGACUUGGAAUAUAUUUGGAAGUUGCUUUGAAAAUGUCCCUGAUUCUGAAGAAACUGUUUAUAUUCAAGGAUGUACCUACCCCAUUGGAUUUGAUCCUAAAUGGUAUAUAGCAAGCAAUGAAUUGAACUUCUUCAAUUCUUUCAAGAUGAAGUUUGCAAUCAUUUACGGAGUCUCUCAAAUGAUUUUUGGUAUUCUCUUAAAAGGAGUCAAUAAUCUAUAUUUCAAGGAUUACUUAUCCUUUAUUUGUGAAUUCCUUCCACAAAUGAUAUUUAUGUGUAUUACUUUUGGUUACAUGGGAAUAAUGAUCAUGUUGAAGUGGGGAUAGAGUUGGGAAGGUAGAACUGAUAAGGCUCCAUCAAUCAUCAAUGCUAUGAUCAAUAUCCCUCUACAAGGAGGUACCACAGAAGGAAAACCAUUAUUUGACUUAGAGUCUCAAGAAUCUCUUUAAUAAUCUAUUCUAUUUUGGUCAUUCUUAUGCAUUCCUUGGAUGCUUAUACCCAAACCAAUUAUUGAGGUUAUCCAACACUAUAGUGGAAAAAAGCAUGAAAAGAAACCUUCAAAAGCUCUUGAACCCAAAGACGAGAGCAAGGAACCCCUGUUGCCUAUGCAAACGAGUUAAAAAUCAAUUAAUUAAAGUGCUUUGGCAGAGGAACUAAGAUUGUAAUUAAUCUAAAAGGAAAAAGAGAAGGAAUUAAGAAGAAAACAAUUGGAAGAACAGAGACUCAAAGAGUAAGCAGCAGAAGAUGAUCAACUGAAAGAUUAACCAUAAUAAUUAUUACCAAAAUAACCAGAAAAGACUGGAGAUCACGGACAUGGACAUGACGAAUUUGAUAUUGGAGAACUUGCUGUACAUUAAAUUAUUGAAACCAUCGAAUUCGUUCUUGGUUCUAUUAGUAAUACUGCAUCAUAUUUGCGUUUAUGGGCUUUAUCGUUAGCACAUGGACAAUUGGCUAAAGUGUUUUUCGAGAAGUGUAUUGGUGCAGGAAUUGAAGAUGGAAAUGUAAUUAUCUUAGUCAUUGGUUGGCCUGUAUUUCUACAUUGCACUAUUGGAGUUUUAAUGUGCAUGGAUCUUAUGGAAUGUUUCUUACAUGCUCUAAGAUUGCAAUGGGUAGAAUUCUAAGGCAAAUUCUAUAAAGCUGAUGGCAUCAAAUUUAUGCCAUUUUCAUUCAAAGAAGUUUUAACUAAUCAACCAAAAGAUUAAUGA